AUGGAUUCUCUGUUUGUGUUGAACGAGGCGGGAACGUUCCUGGUCGAGAAGCACUACGGUGUACGUACACCUCGAGACGCGUGUGCGCCGCUGCUUCGCCGCCUCUUCUCAGAAAAUGUUUGCAGAACGAAAAACGCUUCUAGACUGUCUUCUUCCUCGAAAGGCGCCGCCUCGCUCCCGCGGGUGAUGAAGGGGGGUCGAGGAACUGUGCUGCUGCAUGUCUAUCACAACAAUCUCCUCCUUGUUGGAGUGACAACAAAGGAGGUAGAGCCCCUGCUGCUCCUGGACCUUCUGCAGCAGAUGCAGAGCACCCUCGCGGGGUACUGCGGCACUGCCGCUUCCUCGCUGCCGCCGGCCCUCCGAGGUAUUUCUGUCUCCGACCUGCCGAUAACGGAGGAGACGCUUCGGAAACAGUUUUCGCUCAUUUACGUCCUCCUCGACGAAAUGUGCUCUUCGGGAUACCCCGCCACGGUCCAGAGCAACGUCCUUCAAAUGCUCGUUCCCAGGCCCUCCGUCGUCGAAGCAGCCAUGAAACUCGUGAAUGGGUCUUCUCGCGUUCUGAGUUCGCUCGCCGCCUCCUUUGGCCUCGGAGGCGUCGCGGGACCCGCAGCGGAGAGGCCUGGCGGGCAGCGAGGCAGGCCAGCUCUCGAAUCCGAAGCAGGAGCAGGCAUGGGCUGCGGGAGUGGCUCUGGAGAGGGCGGCGGCAUCAGCGGCGCUGGAAGCGACCGCUGGUGGCGAAGAGGCAAUGUGCGUUACGCCUCCAACGAGGUCUACGUCGACCUAGUCGAGGCAAUUCAGGCCAUCGUCGAUGUCGAUGGGAAGAUGGUUCACGCCUCGAUCAGCGGAACGAUUCAGAUUAACAAUCGCCUAAGCGGCUUGCCGGAGCUUUGCCUGACUCCGAGAAACCCAGCGCUGUUGAAGGACGCGUCUUUCCACCCAUGUGUCAAGUUGCUUCGAUUCAAAAGAGAUGGAGUUCUGUCUUUCUGUCCGCCCGAUGGCGACUUCGUUCUCGCGUCGUACUGGUUGUGCGACAGCAAAUUUACUUUGCCGUUAUCGCUCUCCGGCAGUGUCUCCUUCCCCGCGCUCCCGGCCUCGAAGGCGCCGCUGCCGACACCUCAUAGUGUCUCCUUUCGCGAAGGACCUUCCGCGUCUCUCUCAGGGCGCUUCGAGCUGCGUCUCGCGCCGUUCUGUCCCGUCGGAGCUUCCGCGAGUCCCGGCGCUGCUGCAGCAGGCGCGGCAAGUCUCGUGAAUUCGACAACGAUGGAGAAUGUCGUUGUCUCGCUCCCCCUCCCGGCCUUCGUGGACGGCGCCACAGCCACAGCGAGCUGUGGAACCAUUCGCUAUCUCCACAGUUCUUCGUGUCUCCUCUGGGAGGUCGGUUCUAUCGCUUUCGAUGCCCCCACACAAAAAGCAGAAGGAACACUGACUCUCGUAGCCGAAGAGGCAGAAAGGGUGGACGUCCUGUCUCCCUGCGAAACGACUCUCGUGGCGUCGGCUCGGUUCCUCAUCAAAAGCUGGCUCCCCUCAGGCUUCAAGCUCGAUUCCCUCGAUGUCUCCAACAUCAACAUCCCGCCCUACAAAGGGUGUCGAUACAGCACAGUUGCAGGCUCUGUCGAGUUUCGUCUCGAUUCGCGGAGUCGGUGAAGUCACGACGAGAAGCAUGAAGAGACGAGAAAAAAAAAAGCGUAGAUCAACGCCGCUUCCUUGUGGAACAGCAUGGGGAAGCGAGAGGCGUGGUGUGGACGGAAGAACUUUGCCUCGAGAACAGAAUCAGGCCGUCCUAACGAAGGCCUCUCAUUUAACUCAGAGAUCAGCUGCAUCGGCUACCUGUACAUUUCCGUACAC